AAAGCUCUGCAUCAAAUGUACAGCAAUCAAGAGUCAAAAAAGUGCUGUAAGAAGAUCUAGAUUUCUGGUCAGCUCUUCCUCUCUCUGAUUGGCUACAUUGAAUCCAUUCGUAUGAAUGUUUUGCCAAGAUUACUCUAUUUGUUCCAGAUGUUACCAAAAUCUACAUUUGAUUCGCUGAAUAAAAUAAUUUCUAAAUUCAUAAGGCAAGAAAAAAUGACCAAGAAUUAGGCUUAAAAUAAUACAAUCAUCCAAGACAAAUGGUGGACUGGGACUUCCAAAUUUUUUUCCAAUGUACCAUUAAAAAACUGCCAGUAUGGCAGAAUGGACUAAAGUAACGUUAAAAAUUUGGAGAACUAUACAAACAUCAUUUGGCACGUCAAAGAAAAUUUCAUCUACCGCCAGUAUUGGUUAUCUUAAUGAUUUUACACCAUCUCAUACAGAUCCAGGUUUCAAAAAGUGGUCUCGGUAUGGACUCAGCUAUCUGCAUCAAAUGUUUCAUUAAAUCAUUUGAACAAAUAAGAAAUGAAUUUAUGUUUCCAAGGUCUGAAUUUUUUCAAAAAGUGUGGGAGCUGUACGAAAUUGAAUAAAUCACAUAUGCAUUGCGACUUCAAAAAACAUUUUUUCUAAAGAGGUGGGCCCUUGUUAUGCCUUUAAUAUUUCAAUAAUGAGCUAUAUAGUUACAAGCACAGUCAUCCCUCUUCUCUAUCCACCUUAUUUAUUUUACCCCUUUUUAUUUAUUUAUUAUAAUUUUUUUUCUUUUCUUUAUGUUCAUCCUUGGUCUUACUAGGUGUUCUUGGAUGUUUUCAUUUCAUGCAUAACAUGAAUGAAAGGGGUGAUUUCGGAUACAGCAUGUGAUUUUAGCCAAAAAGACCUUUAUUUUAGUCUGGUGGUGUGACGUCAUAAGGCUGCGCCGCGCUCGCGCCUGUGAUUCGGCUGAAGAAAGUGUGCUGACUACUGAACUAGGGAGCUGAUUGAGACCCAUACAGAGACUCAGUUUGGGUAUAUUUUUCUUAAACGGGACAAAAGUGUCAAAACACACAGAAAAACUCCUGCUCAAGCAACUGAGGUCCACGUGACACACUGUUAUAAAGAUGGCGUUUAUUGAAGAGGAGAGUGAAGACAUGAAGAUUGAAGAAACAUUCAGAGUUAAAGAAGAAGAUGCUGAGGAACAAACAGACCCGAUGGCACUGAAAAAGGAAAGUGAAGAACUCAAUGAAGUGGAAGAGAAAAAUCAGUAUGAGAUACACCAUGAUUUCACGAUUGGUGAAAAACCCAGACAAACUGAAAUUUCCUCUCGGAAAAGAGCUCAGAAGACCAAACCCAACAGUUCUAAUCAAACACAAAAACAAAACUUUGAAAUCCACAAGAGUGUUCACGCUGGAGAGAAGAUAUUUGUAUGUGAUCAGUGUGGAAAGAGUUUCAGAUGUAAACAAAAGCUUGAUUACCACGUGAGGAUUCACUCGAGAGAGAACAGUUUUAGAUGUCAUCAGUGUGGAAAGAGUUUCUCAGACGCAAAAUGCCUUAAAAUGCAUGCAAUAAGUCACUCCGUAGAGAAACCUUUCAUGUGCCACCAGUGUGGAAAGACUUUCCAUUUCAAUAAAUACCUUACGGAUCACAUGAGAGUUCACACAGAAGAGAGACCUUUCACCUGCAAACAGUGUGGAAAGAGCUUCUCACAAGAAGUAAAUCUGAACACUCAUAUGAAAAUUCACAUUGGAGAGAAGCCAUUCACAUGUGAUCAGUGUGGAAAGAGUUUCAUUCGUAAAGGAGACCUUUAUGCCCACAUGAGAAUCCACACUGGAGAGAGUCCUCACAACUGCAAACUGUGUGGGAAGAGCUUCUCAUUUAAAGGAAAUCUUAACACUCACAUGAGAAUUCACACAGGAGAGAAGCCCUUUACGUGUGUUCAGUGUGAAAAGAGUUUCAGAUGUAAAUCAACUCUUAGUAACCACAUGAAAAUUCACUCUAGAGAGAACACUUUUAAAUGUCAUCAGUGUGGAAGGAGUUUCACAGACAGAAAUCAUCUUAAGAUUCAUGUAACGACUCACACUGAAGAGAAGCCUAACAUGUGCCAUCACUGUGGAAAGAGUUUCACAAAGCAAGAACACCUUAAGAAUCACAUGAGAGUUCACACUGGAGAGAAGCCUUUCACCUGCGAACAGUGUGGAAAGAGUUUUGCCGUUAAAGUAAACCUUCAGACUCACAUGAGAGUUCACUCUAGAGAGAAGCCAUUCACCUGCGAACAGUGUGGAAAGAGUUUCGGGUUUAAAGGAAACUUUAACGGACACAUGAGGCUUCAUGUGGAAAAUGUAUUCUGCCAUCACACUUAGAGAUGCAGCUGCAAAGUCAUGUGCUUAGUAUUUCUUUGUUUUUUGUGUGAAAGGAGUUUUAAAUUACAUAAAAUGAAUAGUGAUUGCAAGACCUGAAUUGAGUGUGUCAGAUAAGGAUAAGGAGGACAUACAACAUAUGAAGUGCAUGGGGUCCUCCAAGACAGGUUUGAAAACCCCUCAGAGAAAAUUAAAAGACUUAUUUUGUUUGUUUGUAUUGUAGUAUCACUAUGGCUACUCAUUAACUAGUCAUCAUUGAAUUCAAGACUGUAUUUUAAGUGCAGGAUCAGGUAUUGUUUCUGUUGAGAGCUAGUGUGGUGGUGUACAUGCUGUAUCGUUGAUGCUUUUUUCUAUUGGAUUUCCUGAGUUUACUUUAAUAAGCUUCUGCCUUCAUCUUCAUUGGACUGAAAACAUUACGACCAUGAAAAUAAAGAUGGAGAUCAUCUCCAUUAAUGUGGAAAUGUUGACAGCCGUAGACAGCAUCAGUGAUUAUGGGUUAUUAUCAGUGUUGGGCAAGCUACAUGGAAAAUGUAGUGAGCUAAGCUAACAGUUACUCUUCAUUAAAUGAAGCUUAACUACACUAAAGCUACAGCCCUGGGAAAUGUAGCAAGCUAAGCUACAGCAACAUGGCAAAAGUAAUUUACUACAUCUAAGCUAUUUUUUUAAAUUUUAUAUUGAACCAACAUCAUAUCAAGUCAAUGCUCUCUCAGUGAUCAAUAAAACUGUCAGUCAAGCAGACAGGCAAACCAAUUUGUCAACAAAAAGUAUCAUGUACAGGGCCGGAUUUACCUCAUAUUGUGACAAAGGCAAAAUAAAUUGUUGCUGUUGGCCGGAAACCUCCUAUUGGUAGUUGGUAUUGUGACUUUAUUGUAGGCUAUACAGAUACAUUUAUACAAAGGGUAACACUUGGCAUUAAGGUUCAUUAGUUAACUAGUGUAGUUAACAUGAACUAAGAAUGAACAAUACUUCUGCAGCAUUUAUUAAUCUUAAUGUUAAUUUCAACAUUUACUAAUGCAUUAUUAAAAUCAAAAGUUGUUUGUUAACAUUAGUUAAUGCACUGUGAACUAAUGUGAACUACCAAUGAACGUCUUCAUUUUAAUUAACUAACAUUUACAAAGAUGAAUAAAUACCGAAAUGUAUUGUUCAUUGUUCACUCAUGUUAGUUAAUACAUUAAUGAAAUCUUAUUGUAUAGUGUUAACAUAUAAAUGUAUAGGCCUAUUUGCAUCGUUGCAUGUGUCAUUAUAUUAUUAACAUUUUCCCAAAAUCAAGUUCAAAUACGAAGGUUUUUUUGACCUGUCAUUACCGCCACAUCAGAUACAGUAUUGCAUCGCAUUUACGUUUGCAGGUUAUACAAUUUUCUGUCGCUAUGUGGGCGCUCAGUUUUUUUUUCCUGUUAUUUGGCCAAAAUAUCAUAUUAUAAAAGAUUCAGUGCUUCACACAAGCUAUUUGGCUGUAACUCGACAACAAACGAUAGAUUAAGACACUCUUCUCUGCUCCUUAAAAACAAAAAAUUAGCUUUUAUAGAUAUAGUGUUUCUUGAGUAAAGAAACGCUACUGACAAACACUGCUGACCAUCAUGCUUGACAACUCUGCAAGCAGAUUUGACACCACAACUCCUAGAACAUUCCUUUAUGAGACAAUGGCCAUAAUCAACAGCAGACCAUUGAGUGUUGAACAUCUUCAUGAUCCUACCGGUCCAGAACCCUUCCAAUCACAUACUAACCAUGAAAUCAUCAGUCAUUUUUCCACCUCCAGGAAAGUUCAGCAACGAAGACCUCUAUCUGCGCAAGAGUUGGAGAAGAGUGCAGUUCCUGGCAAAUGAAUUCUGGCAGAGAUGGAAAAGUGAAUAUCUAUUAAAUCUCCAACAAUGCAAGAAAUGGCAAAGAACAUCACGAAAAUUACAAGUAAAUGACAUUGUGAUACUACACGAUGACGGCACUCAAAAAAAUGAAUGGAAGCUUACCCUAGUGCCGAAGGUAUUGUGCAAAAGCUGAAGCUACUAGUCAGUGACACUACGUUUGUUAAAGGAAAGCCACACACUAGAUCAGUUUACUUAGAGAGGCCUAUCCACAAGGUAGUUACUUUAAUCGAGACCAAAUAAGUCAGACACAUGACACAGUUACACUCAUGUACACCUGAAAUUUGAUUGUUGUUGAUUUUACUUAAAUAUAUUUGUUUAAAGGAAAAUGAGUGAUUCUGGUGGGCGUGUAAGUGCUGUUAUGCAGAAGUUCUGUAUAUUUGUUUCACAAUUAAAUUACUUUGUAAUUAACACCAUACUUUCUUGUAUUAAUUCAUUUGAGGUACAUUUAAAAAAAUGUAAAUGAGUUGUAAUGUGAUGUAAAUUCAUUUGGUGUACUUUAAAACAUAAGGCGCAGAGAGCUGGGGGUGGUUAUUCCAGAAGAGGAAUGGGAGACAGUCCUGCUCCAAGCUAACAGGCUCUCAGUUUGUAAUAGAAUUUUACAUAGAAUACAUAUAACGCCACACUUAAGACAUACAUCCAAUGCAUCUCACUCGCCACUUUGCCCUAAAUGUAAGUCUAAUAUAGGAGAUUAUAUUCAUUGCGUAUGGAACUGUCACAUGAUUCAGGCUUACUGGUCCAGCGUUGUGGCUCAAUUAAAUAACAUCUUUGGUUUGGAUCUGGAGCUGGAUCCUUUGUCACUUCUUCUGGGUUUUCCCUGUAAGCUUAUUUCUAAUAAAUUUGAAAGGCGACUUUUUAGUCUGUUAACUUUUGCUGCCAGAAAGAAUCUACUGAUGUCUUGGAUCAGUCAUAGGCCUCCCUCCAUCAGAGGCUGGCAUUCAGUUAUUAGGGAGAUUAUUCCUCUGGAACUCUUGACCUGUAUUAUUCAUUCUACAACAGAUGCUUUUAAUCGUAUAUGGACACCUUACCUUAAUUGCAUAAAUGCUUCUACCUGUGACAUUUUGCGGUUUGGUAUGACAUAGUGUUCCCAGAGGUGUAUAGACGAUUCAUGUACUCCGCCCCAGAUUUUAUUUUUAAUUUUGAUCGGUGAUACAAUGCUCUGUUUGUCAUCUUAUGUAUAAUUUUGUUUCUGUAUUCUCUUUCGUUGUAUAUCUGGCAGUGUGUGUUUGUAUCUGUGUUGAAAGUUAUUAAAAAAAAACAAAAAAAAACAUAAGGUGCGAGAAUGCGUCACUUUAACGGAAAUGGCGUGCUUGUUAGUCGCCCCAAUGGACUGAUGAUGAGCAGAUGCAUCACAAGGCUCUGAGAGGUUAAAAUCAGUGCUUUCGCAAGUCUAAAGGACAGAAAAGAAGAUUUUCAUAAACUCUUAAGAACUCUUUUCAUGACAAGCGGCCAACGAGGUAUUUGUUUCACUUGUAUGUAUUGGACAACUGUGUUUUGAAUAAUUUCUGAUGUGUUUGUACUAUGCUCAUUUACAAAUACAGUUCUCACGGCGUCAAGAUGCAAAAGACAUAAAGAGGACGACUAAGAAUAAAACGCCUGUAAAUAAAGAACCAACCUGUGUCUGUUUUCAGCUUUUAAAUUUUUUAUGUUUUAACCUUUAUUUAUUAAAUAUUACAGUCCAAGUGUACAUAUAAAUGC